GCAGACCGUACCGCACCGCACGGCCGUGCCCUCCACACACGGCACCGCGCUGAACGCGCGAGCAGAGCGCCAGACACGGAUGCCGGCGCCGCGGCUAACCCGGUGACGAGAGCAGCGGUGUCAGGCUGUGGUGUCGCGAGCGACGCGACCUGCCGCCCCCUUGACGGCGAGCGUGCCGCGUGAGGCGCCGUGAGACGCGAUGACGGCGGGGGACGCGAAGUCGGACGCGGUGGUGUGCGUGGGACAGAUGGGGUCGGGCAGUGACGAGCGGAGCGACUGCAGGAUCGAGCUGGGCGGGGCUGGCCAUGACCGUCCGCCGCUGGCCGCCGGUCAGUCCAAGUACAGCCUGCGCGCCCGCUCCAUCCUCAAGCGGCUGGAGACGGAGACGCGGCAGCUGGAGCCCAAGGUGCGCCCACCCAAGCAGAAGAGUCGACCGCCGGCGCUCAGCAAGUACCGCCGCAAGACGGCCAACACGCGCGAACGCGACCGCAUGCGCGACAUCAACCGGGCGUUCGAGACGCUGGAGCGGGCUGUGCCAGAGCUUGCCGGCAGCCCGACCAAGGUGACCAAGAUCACCGUGCUGCGGCUUGCCAUCGACUACAUCAAGGCGAUGCGCACGAUGCUGGAGCCGGAAGCCGGCGGCGUCGAGCGCGACGCGCCGAACGAGGUGUUCUCGCCCUCGCCGUCCACCUCGUCCGUGCUGACAGACGCUUCCAGCGAGCUGCCCGACCCGCUGGACACGAUCGAGGACCUGACCGACUUCCAGCUGCCCGGUGGCCUGGACCUGCUGCUCGACAUCAGGAGCGACAGCGACGCCCUCGACUUCAGCUGCUCCGACUUCAGCGACCUGCCGAGCCCGUGACGGCUGCGGCGUGACGCGCCGAUCAUCAGGAGGCUCCCGUGAGGUGUACCGCCGGGGCUUGGCAGGCUCAGUGGUGUUGGCGACCGGUUGCAGAUAAACUCCUGUCCUUGUGAUGCGGUGUCAUUGCGCGGAACAUGAAUUAUGCAACUGCAUGUCUUAAUCGUCGGACAAAUGACGUUCAAUUGCCCAUUGUGCCAUUUAUCAUUACACGUCAUUCUUUGUAUAAUCAUUGCAUCAUCUGUUAGAUAUGCCUGGUUUUGUUUGCAAAUCGCUGCAGGCAUAGAUAGAGGUAGGAUAGCAUAUCACGUGAAUCUAGUCCAUUAUAUUAAGAUUACCUUUGCAUGGAGUUGUUGUGACCUGACGUCUGUUUCACGUGAUGUAUCACACGUGAGCAGUUAAAACAGAUGCCCUUUUAAGCGAUGACAAUGCAAUGUUCCGCUGCGAUUUUUUGCCUGUGGCGUGUGCUUUCACCCGGUGCGCUGGUUAAGUGACGGGCACGGAGCUCCUCCGUGCUGGUACUCCAUUGUCUAGCCGUGCGCGCGGAUACGUAUUUACCUCAUUACUCGCCCGUGUCAUGAGCAGUUUUGUAUGUCGCCGGUCCGAUAGCUGUUGCCAGCCCGGCCUCCGAGCGUCCUGCGCUUCACGCGAGACGCGGCCCCCGGCCGGUGUCCAGGUUGGCCCGGCAGCCGGCCGACCGGCGCCGCAUGACAGGCCUGACAGCUGUCGGGGUCGGCGGACGGGCUGCGGUCCUGCCGCCGGUCAGAUCUGUCACACGACGACGAUAUGCAGGGGGAGCUCGCGGCCCACCGGCCUGGCGGCCGCGGGGUCGCCGAGUCCGCGCGACCCGAGCAGGGUUCGUAGCGUGGCCACCGGAGACUGUCAACAGCGCUGACCUUGGCUGAGGCCGCCUGACCGGCGCUGUUCGGAGCAUCGGGUAUCCGUCAAUA